AUGCUACUGUGCAGACACGAAGGAGGGCACGACCCUUGGCUUUUUGUACUUUGACGUGACAUGGAGGGCAGGAUCGACAAGAGCUUAGCACGUGACCAGUCAUGAUCAUGCGGGCUUUUCGACAGGUGCACCGGAAGUGCGGGGGCCGCCCAGGCUAACGGGCCCGCUUGCCGUUGUGCAUGACGGAGGCACAUGCACCUUUUGGGCUUUGGCGGAGCAAUAUCCAAACAAACCUUUUGGACCGUCCACCUUUUCGCGGCGACUGGCUUAGAUCACCAAGGUCUGCUGCCUUGGAGCACCGAUUUUGCACAAGAGGGCAUGCAUCGCGAAUUGUCACUCGUCGCGGUCAAAGUGCACUCUGAUUGCAAGUGCGGGACCCCCCGUCGAAUUAGGCUCAAACAACCUGCUCUCCUCGUGCUUCUUGAUUUUGGUAACUCGCGACUCCCGGAGCCUAAUUUGAACUGCAUGCUGCAUCACACGCCUCUGAUCUCUACCUUCGCAAUCUGCUUGGACGCAUCUUGUUGCGUCGGCUCGCGAAAUGAGAGCCCGACUGGGCCUCGCAACACCGAAGGCAGGGACGCAGUGCUGUCUUAUGAAGAAAGCUAUUUCACGCACGACGCUAGUUGCGGCGCCGUCAUUCGGAUGUACGUCGAGCGCUAGGCUCAAGCUCUGCGCAGUCUCAACACAACGUAUCCGCCGACUCGGCUCCCUUCGCAACGGAAUUGCGACAGCCUCCAUAGUCCGUCAGCUCAAGAGGCUCGCGAGUGCUUCGCUCAACGGCGGCCCAGAUGCUGCGAGCCUAAUCGGAAUGCUGCCAAAUGACC